AGGUUACGAGGAGAUUCUUGGCUCACAUCGCCAAACGUUGAAUGAUACCUGUCAGAUCUGUAAACCUGGUCAUUUUAAUGACGAUCCUUCCAAACACGCUUGCAGAAAAUGUAAAGCCGGGGUUAUUUGUUUUGAAGGUAACGUUGUAAUUUUUAAAAAUUCCAGUAUAUGGGAAUUAAUGGGUAUUAUCAGGAAUUGAUCAUUAUGACAUUUUUGUGAUAACCGAGGUAAGGGGAAAUGGGCGUUGUAUUCUCCAUUCUUGACCAUUAAGGCCGUAGGUAAGUUACUGUGCAGUAUUUGAAUUGACAAUUACAAAUCAGUUAGUAAGUCACAUCUUGGUUCUGGAUAGGAAGAAACUUUGGAUAGAAAUUGAAAAAAAUUAACUUGAGGAUGGAAAGCAAUAAUCAUUAAAGUGCCUAUGCAAGAAUUUUUAUGAUUGAAUUGCAAAUUUAUUUAAAAUCAUAGUGUAACUUUUUUUCUAAAACUUUGUUAUCUUUCCUGCAUGUCAAGAUAUUGGACUUUGUUUGGCAUGUAAAUAUGACUUCACACUGCAUAAUGUAUUUUAUAGAAGACUGUUUUUUAGCGUGAUAAAAUUGUCAUUAACUCAAGUUUACAGACGAAAUGAUAGCUUUGAUAAUUCUUAAAGUAUAUAUAACUUUCAAUGUCAGUGGAAUUAUCACAUGUUUGGCAAGGAAACGUUUUCUUUCUAAAACUCAUUAUGCAGUGUGACGUCAUUUAUGUCACAUUUGCAUAUCAAACAAAGUCGAAAAUCUUGACAUACAGAAAAGAUAACAUAGUUUUAGAAAAUAAGUUACAUUUAUAUGAUUUUAAAUGAACUUUGCAAUUCAAUCAUAAAAAAGUUUUUGCAAAUAGGCACUUUAAUUAAGCACUAUAAUAACCUCAAAAUUGGAAAGGAGGCCCUGAUAUCAAAACAUGUUGAACCGUAUGUGCCGAAUGGUCAGUAUACGCUAAAAUUAAAAACUCGAAAAUAUUUCCGGUUACUCCGCGAUCGGCCAAAAUUGUGAAGUUGGAAGUUUCAGUUUACAGAUGUUAUCUUAAUUAUAAAUAGAAACCAGGCCUAAAUAGAAACGUACCUUCCCAUUAAAAUUUACUUACGGAAAACACAUGGGUAAGAAAAACUUCCAGAAGACAAAAUAAACAAAUACUGUUACGAAUUCGUGGCUAUACGCGAUAUGCAGAGACAGAGUUGUCAAUAAUUACUUCGUCUUUGAAAUAUUCCUAGCUAGAGAUCCUCAAAUUCAUCGCAAUUGCUGUAAGUUGUUAGAAUAAGAAAGCUUUCUGAAGGAUGUUCUAAAAUCUAUCUAAAUUCUAAAUUACAAUACUUACAUGCAGUAAUAUACAAUAACUAAAAUUUGCCGUUGAACUCAAGCGUGACAGCUUGUCACCCGUCCAGACCCGAUAUAUCCACCCGAUAUAUCCACCCGAUAUAUCCACAUGUACUAACGGUAAUUUCGUUAUAUUUGAAUAGAAGUUCAAACGUUCAAAUAUACAUGUAACUGCAGCAGGCCUUAAAUAUCUUUUACAGGGCCGUCUGACAAAAUGUCCGAUGACUUUGUGUUUGGGUUGGACAUAUGUCCGAUGACUUCAGUUCAGUUAGGGUCGGAAAUAAGUCUGAAUGACGCAAAUUAAUAUCAGCAUAAUGUAUUCAUUCUGAACUAAAUGUUGUGAAGAUAUUAAAUAAUUUGUGUCAUUCAUACUUAUUUCCAAGCCAAAAUUAACUUGCUUGCCAAUGAUAGCAGUACGACUUCGAUGACGUUUAAGUUACCGAAGUCGUAAAAGCCCGUUUUCCACCUCACCAUUUCACUCGCCACCCCGCAACAUUUCCGGUUCUGGGUCGGACACCAAUUCACUCAGGUCGGACAAACAAUAAACUUCAGUUUCACUUAAGUUGGACAGAAUGUCCGGUGGUUUCCUCUCUACGUCGGACAAUUUGAUGAAUGGGUCGGACAAUGUCCAUGACCGACCGAUAUUUUAAGGCCUGAACUGCAGGAGGAAGAUGUAUUUUAUCUUUAUUACCGUUUUUCUUACAGCUUCUUUCAAUUCUUUGCGAUAAAUCCCAACACGUUUGGAAAACUGAAUAUUAAAGUAUUUGUUGACAACUAUUACAACUCUUAUCAAUGUUAUGAAUUUUCUACAGCAUUUGUUUAUCCACUUUUUUCCAUUAGGAAAAAUGUAAACUGGAAUUUCGAAGUUCGAUAUUUUGGUCGAACAAAGUUGCUAGUCUUGCUAACUUUGACUUCCCUUGGCUUUUCCGUACGCGAUUAUUUUUACAUCCGGCGCAUUUUGAUUGGCUAAAUUCAAAUAAAGUGUGGUGAUGGGCGGUAAACCACUUAAUAGACGUUUGUAUCAGGCGUUGAUUUCCCCCAAGAACGCCUGAUUGCAGGUUAGCACUAUAAGGAUUGCGUGCAGAUUGUUCAGUAUAAAACACACGGAAGGGACACAUGUAUAAGGCAGCGUGUCAGGCAGGUGCACAUGCAGGCUUUGCGCGAUUUUUUAUACAUACUAAAAUACUUCCAUUCUUUCAUGUCUUCCAGGGGCUACAACAGACGAGCCUCAUGCCAAUAACUCACUGUAUGGCGUUCAGUACACCAAGUCAUUCCCAUGCCCCGUUGGGUAUUAUUGUGAAUCAGGCGACAUCAUUCCAACACCAUGUCCUAAUAAGACGUACAAUCCCGAUGAGCGAGGUUCGCGAAUGGAAAACUGUUUACCAUGUAAAAUUGAUCAUUAUAACCACCUCACGGGGCAGUCUGCCUGUUUCCAUUGUGGAGGACAAGCUAGACAACCGUAUCUCGGUCAAGAUAGAUGUCAAUGUAACGGAUUACAUCGUGUAUUUAUGGUAAGUCAUUUUGCUGUCAUUAGCGUUAUAAUCAUGAUUAUAAUACUGUUAUUCUGUAUGCAAUCAUACAUAUUAAUUAGCUGAUUCUCGCGAUUCAUUUCGUCAGUUCAUCUAAUUAUACGACGAAAAACAGUCGCACAUUAAUUAAUGCCUAUGCUCCCGUGAAACUUUCAUUCUUAUCCAGACCUUGCUACUGUGGCUUGCACGCUGAUUGGUUGAGCUAAUUUAUACAUUUGAUUAUAUCUAUAGCCUAGUGAUCAAACAUGUUUGUGUGAGAAAGGAUUCAGAGCCAUGGAAGGUCGGGAACUUGACUGCGUCAGAAAGCUUUAUCCAUUCUGUCCUGAGGGAACAUGGAGGUCUCAAGCUGGAGACUGUUUGGCUAGCGAAGAGUGGAGAGUAUAUUGCGCAUCUGUAAGUAAUAUUUUAAAAUCAAUCAAUGGAUAAGUUGAUUGACAGAUUGACCGCGGGAUUGAUGUUUCCAUUUAUUGAUUGAUUGUGGAAUAAUCUAUUGAUAAGUAAUCGUUUGAUUGAUUGCCUACAGGUCCAUCGAUUGAUUGAUCCAUUGACUGAUUUAUCGAAUGCUUAAAUGAUAAAAUGAUUAGUUAAUUGAUUGAUUCAUUUCUUAUAUUCUCUGUCUUCGUUUCUUAUGUUCGAUUCUCGAAAAACUAGGACGUACGUACAUAAAUCGGUUGCGUUGUCAGCGUAAUAAGUAUAUCAUCCCCCUAAUUUGGCAAAAAUAUUUGAUGAUGCAGUUGAAAUCUUGUCUAAGUAUUUCUUUCUUUUGCUUUAGGUAUGUGACGUUGGGAACUAUGUUGGAUUCGAUCGCCAGCUUGGAUUGUGUACAUGUCGAGUGGAUGAUUUGGAGGAUAUCUGUGACAAAAAAUGUCGGAGGCAACAGGAAAAUCGCCUUGAACAUAUUUGUGCCAGCAAGCCGUAUUUGCAAAUAAAUAGAAUUCAAGGAGGACCGGUAAGACUUAUUUCCACCUCCAGUAUUUGUAUUUAUUUUCACUCCGUAUGCUGCAUGAUGUGAGCGAUGAUUCCCAGAAAACGGAAAGAAGCAAGAGACUGAUACAAGAAACGUCCUCGAGUGAACGCGUUCGAACCCCAUAAGCAGAUAAUUCUGCCUGCUAUGUGGCUGAGUUUCGAACCGCGACAAUCGAAAUGCUAGCUCGGUGUCGCUCUUCCGACUGAGCUAGGUAGUAAACGACAUGCACGGCAGUAAACGCCGAUUUAUGUAAUUUCUAAGAAAACAUAGUGGGAAGCGCAUUUAUUUGGAUUUUACAAAACAGAUAUAGAUGUUUCAUUUACAUCAGCAUGUUAACUUUCAUAUCACUUUCACAUUGUACCAAGCUAUGGAAGUCCCUCAUUCGGCAGUUGCAUGUCCGCUAUCAAGAUAAAUUAUCACGAAAUAUUCUCUAUGGAACCUUCAUGGUAUAUCUGGUAUAUCAUCUUCUUUAGAUUGUGUUUCAUGACUUGGAGUCUUUCAGUAACAUACCAAACUUCCUCAAUACAUUCAGCAAAGAUCAAUGUUCAAAGCUUGAUUCUGGUGGUCAUCCGUUCAACUUGGUAGAAAUGGGAGGUAUUAAUUGCAUUUUGUUCCUUGCUCGAACAACAAUAUAAAUAUUGUUGGCAAAACAACGCAUGUUUCUCAUAAAGUAAAUAAAAUGCAAAAACAAAGCUCUAUAGUAUAUAAUAACCUCACCAAAAUUCUGAUACUUUCGAAAAAUUAUCAUUCCUGUAUUUUGUAUACCAUGCAGUUCUCUCUAAGUUCCAUGUACAUUCGUAUGCCAUGCAGUUCUCUCUAAGUUCCAUGAUUCCUAUAUUGUAUACUCAUAGCCCAGUAGAAUACACGGAGUGCCUGUAGUGUAUAAUUAUUUGAACACAUUACUAUGUUGUUUCUGAUGUUACUCUGAGUGUGCAUCCACACCGGGCAAGCUAAAAGUUAGCUUGGCCACGGUGGGAAUCGAACCCGCGACCUUUGGGAUACUAGUCCAGUAAUGCUCUGCCAACUGAGCUACGUGGUCAAGUCGGUUCGAGUUGAUGAUAUUUCGGAACUGAGUCUAGUUCCUUCGAUAUCAAUGUAUUCUAUGAUACGAUUAUUUUGUGUGUGUUGGUGUUAUGUACCCAGGUGAAUAUGAUGUUUGUGACACAAACAUCAUAUUCAUGCACCUGAGUAUACAUAACACCAACACACACAACAUAAACAUUGCUAUAAAAAAAAAAAAUCACCUAGAAAAAAAAAUCACAAUAAAUUGUUAAUUAUUUCUGUGUUUCUAUUAAUCACAAUAAAUUGUUAAUUAUUUCUGUUUUCUAUAUUUAUAUUGAUAUUUUGUAAAGGGCCCACUGUAAUUGGUGUUAAGCUGUUGUGGUGUCACAGCUUCUUUAAAUGCAAUUAUUGUAUAAUGUUUGGAAGCGAAGCACAAUAAAUAAAUAAAUAAAUAAAUAGGUGCAUGUAGGAUUAUAGAUGUUGCAGGCUUCCGAUUUAUUGCAAUAAUCAAACUUAUGCAUAUGUGAAGGUUUUUGGUAAUCGUCUCAUUGCUAACUUUAAUAAUAAUAAAAUUAAUAUUCUAAUUUCUUAUAUAUUUGCUUCUCUAGACAACGGAUUUCUGGGAACAUAUGAUCCUUCUGCGGAUUUUAUUGAGGAUAUUUUAAUGAAGAAUCGCAAAGAUGAUAAUUUGACAUCACCUACGGAGGCACCUUCCUCACGGAGACGACGUAGCUUGCUUGCUGUUUCAACUUCAGGCAAUUCAUUGUCCGGUAUUUCAAACCCCACCACGUGUGUUAACUAUGGCGCUUCGAUGAUGUUCGUUGUUGAUAACGAUAAUUAUCCCGAAUACGACGAAAAUAACUUAUACAAUACCAAUCCAGAUUUUGAUUCAGGACCGUUCAGAGAUCUGAAAGAAAGGCACGCACUCAUGAACACCAACUCGACGUUGUUUACCUUCAAGUUUGAUUCGCCAGGAGUGUAUGUGUUCAGGUCCAGUAAAUAUCCAGAUUAUAAAAUGGUAUGUACCAUUAAUACUUGAAAGUCACGCUCUGAUACAAACUCUGUGUGUGCAGAGUUAGUGGAGUUUGUUAGCUAUUUGUCUAUGAUUUCUAUGUAUAACUGGAGUGAUCAUUUCAUUUUUUCAAUAUCACCGACAACAAAUGAGCGAGAAUUGUAAAUAUGACAAAUUUUACGAUAGAAAAUGGGGGGUAGCCAAAUGUAAUAGACUUUUUCAUAGCAACCAGUCUACAAUUAAUAGACCUAUGUACAUGAAUUUCAUGUUUAUACCCCUUCCAGUGAACAUCCAUGAAUAAAUCAAAUCGUUCUAUUCGCUUCAGUAUGUCCGUGUGAUGGCGCGUGGAGCGCAAUGUGCUGAAGAUGGCCCGUUCUUCUCAACUACUCCACGUUCAGUGAUUCAAAAUGGUAUGGCUAUAUCACAAGAUAUUCUAAUCAUGCCUGAUUGGUUGCUAAUUGGAUUAAUGAUGGCCAGUCUUUUGUUGCUUAUGAUCAUUCUUGUUAUUGGACUGGUAAGUCUCAUUACUUUAUCUGUGCGCAAAGGUGUUGUGUCAUUCCUCUGGAUGAAAUAAUGGCAUGUCAGGACGAAAUAGUAUUUCUUCACAGUUUCUAUAACUUAGACAUCCUUGCGUUGUCAACAUCAAAUCUAUUUGAACAAUUUCAGGUUAUUAAAGCAAAACGUAGUGUUAAUUUUUAAUCUAUCCGUGCCGAACUUCAGAAUAGACAGAUUUAGAUCGAGGACGCGGACGUCAAAGACGACGUGAAAAUGGCGUGUUGUGCCCAUGUAUGGAUAUGCCACGCCAUUUUGACGCCAUUUUCACGUCGUCUUUGACGUCCGCGUCCUCGAUCUAAAUCUGUCUAAUAAGAAAAAUAACCCUAUAAUUAUAAAAUAAUAUAAUACUUUUCUAUUUGCUCACAAGUGAUCGAAUUACUAUUAUAGUUAAUAUUCCGAAAGCAUGGCUGGAGGAAGAUGGUGUUUACAUCUCCCAAAUACAGAAAACUGAACACUCAGUACAAUUUUGAUGAUUACUCCUCCAAAGGAUCUGCCGUCCACCCCUCAAAGAAACUCCACAGGAACUUGUAUGCCAUUGAUGGUGCACCAGCUAUUGAAUCUGAGCCUGAAACAUCUCAAGCUGGUAACGUCUUUAACGUAGCUAUUUUAUUUUAGUGGUACAGGGAAAUAUGUUUGGUCAAAUCAUUAUGUAAACCAUGCAGAUAAACUCAUUUACAGGACAAUAUUAGCAGGACAGUAGGUUUCAAAUGUCAAGUAGUAAGUUAUGCAUGGCAUACGCGAGUUUGGUAGGAGGGUUAAUAAGAUAAAUGAGGCAAGCGGUUUCGGUUAUUCUACCUGCAGCGGAACAGUUUUUGGCAAACGUUUAACGGAUUUAAUGUAAAUUAGGGCGUGGAUAAUUUUAAAUUGCAGUUUAGGACGUAGUGUUUUUUUGGUAUUCUGAAUUCACACAUUCAUGUAGUCAAUUAUCCAUAGUCGUUCUAAUUUCAGAAUUACUAUAAUUAAUUUUGCGUUUUUUUUUAAGGUAUUGGACACGAAAUGAAGUCGGACGAGUUUUGGGAUUACGAGAAACAAGUUGAUUUGGAAGCUUUCAGCUGUAACGAAUUUUAUUCAAUUUUAUCCAAACAAUCGCGUGAUGUUACUUCCUCUAUAGCUCGUCAAAAGGAUCAGGUAAAUUAUGCGUUUGGUGUUUAGGAUUUUACUGAUGGAUUUUAUUUUCAUGAAUAGCAUGCUCAAUAACAUGUGGCGAUCUUUUUAUGGAGCAG